AUGGAUGUCUCUGGAAGCUUGACCUGCGUCGUCGUAUCUGUAGAUGGAAGCGAGGUGAGCAUGGAAGCUCUAAGGUGGGCUCUAGACAACCUCAAGCUCUCAUCGUCUUCUCCCGAUUCAUCAUUCGUCGUCCUCCACGUUCAGCCUCCGCCUUCUAUCGCCGCAGGCGUUAACCCCGGCGCCAUACCUUUCGGUGGUCCCAGUGACGUGGAGGUUCCUGCUUUCGCCGCUGCGAUUGAACAACAUCAGAAACGGAUCACUGAUGCGAUACUCGAACACGCUCGUCAAAUCUAUGCUGAUAGAUCAGUGAAUGUGAAAACGCAAGUGGUUGUUGGAGAUCCCAAGGAUAAGAUCUGUGAGACUGUUGAGAAUUUGAAAGCUGAUCUGCUUGUCAUGGGAUCUCGGGCUCAUGGUCCUAUUAAGAGGAUGUUUCUGGGAAGUGUAAGCAACUACUGCACCAACCACGCUCCAUGUCCUGUUAUGAUAAUUAAACCCAAGGAGGAUUCUUCUGAAUAAUCAGGUAAAAAGUUAUACCUUCUUGCAAAUCAUGCCUUCAGCCUUCAGCCUUCUUGUAAAUUAUGUCAGACACUUGCAAUCAAUUGUUCACCCUUUACAAUGGUCCUCAAUCUUUAUCCACAUACCCUAUUGUUCAUGUCGAAACCAACCUAAUAUUUCCGUGAUUUUGAGGUGAUUCUCAGUAGUGUGUGUUUUAUCUCUAGAUUUUAUCGAUGUCAAAGUUUUUCUACAGCCUAUCCAACAGAGCUAUCUAAUCAUCUCCAUUUCUCAGGGAAAUGUGCACAUAUAGGAUAUCAAAACCAUUUCUGGAAUUUUGUGAAGCUAUGGAAGUAGAGCAAAAAA